CAAAUUUACGUAACGGAAAAUGGGAACGUGGAAAAUUUGCGUCGCCCAACGUGAGAUAAGAAAUGAGCAAAGGAGACGAUUGCUGUCUAUAGAAAGAUGAAAUCUACAAUUCAAGGCAAGUCGGGACAUGAGGACGAAAGAUUUGACAAAGUCGAUUCAAGUGGGGAGAGUGUUUAUAAAUAGCACGAGGUGGCCUGUUCAAGUGAAAGAAAGAACAUUUACAACAGGCAAAACAGAGCCAACUUGUGGUAUUCAUCAACUAUCCUUUUUUAAGAGGGACUAUUGUAGUGUUGAAGGAAAUCAUAUUAUAAGGAACUAUAAUAAAAUAACAAACAAGCAAGAUUGGAAGAAUAAGUUUGGUAAAUACGGAGGAAGAAGAGAAAUGAGCAAAAUGGCGAAUCAAGAAUGGAUGAGCAAGAUUCAAGAUACAGAGCUGUUUGACCUGAAAGAGCAACCAGCACGGAGCUUUAUUGGAGGGAAGUGGGUGGCCGCAUCAUCUGGCAAAGUAUUCGACGUUGAAGACCCGGGACAUAACCGAGUGAUUGCCUCGGUAACGGAUUUGGCAGUGGAAGAGACUCGUGAGGCGAUUGAGAUUGCGCAUCGAGCAUUUCAAAGUUAUCGGCAUAGCUCUGUACGUGAGCGGGCAGCCUUAUUACGCCGUUGGUAUGACUUGAUGCUGGAAAACGCAGAUGACUUGGCAACAAUGAUGACACUCGAAAACGGUAAAUCGCUUUCUGAUUCGAAAGGCGAAGUAAUCUAUGCGGCGAAUUUUCUCGACUGGUUUGCAGGCGAAGCUCUUCGUAUCAACGGUGACUCUCAUAUGGCUUCAGCACCCAAUAACCGCAUUUUGACAGUCAAACAACCGGUUGGCGUCGUUGGCAUCAUUACUCCAUGGAACUUUCCUGCUGCCAUGAUUACUCGUAAGGUGGGUGCUGCAUUGGCUGCCGGUUGCACGAUGGUCAUUCGUCCAGCCGCAGAGACCCCCUUUUCCGCUAUCGCACUUGCCAAACUCGCAGAACGCGCUGGUGUACCUGCAGGUGUCUUGAACAUGAUUACUUCUGACUCAGCAGCUGAGCACGGCCUCGAGUUGACCACCAAUCCCCUCGUCCGUAAAGUCUCGUUCACCGGUUCCACCAAUGUUGGCAAGCUUCUCGCUAAUCAAUCCUCAUCCACACUUAAAAAGCUCUCUCUUGAGCUAGGUGGUAAUGCUCCUUUUAUCGUAUUUGAAGACGCCGACUUGCAAAAAGCUGCUGAUGCUUUGAUUGCCUGUAAAUUCCGAGGCAGUGGACAGACCUGUGUAUGCGCGAAUCGUAUCUUUGUUCAUUCUAAUGUUUAUACACCAUUUGUUCAACUCGUGUAUGACCGCGUCUCUCAAUUCCGCCUCGGUUACGGUCUUGACGAAGGCAUAACUCACGGUCCCCUUGUCAGUCGUAAGGCCGUACAUAAGGUUCAGGAACAUGUCAAUGAUGCUCUCAAUAAAGGUGCUACUGCACUCACAGGUGGCUCCGUCGCUUCUGAAUUGGGUCCUUGUUAUUUCCACCCUACCGUUCUCGUCGGUGCCAAGCAAAACAUGCUCAUUGCUCAGGAAGAGACCUUUGGUCCUGUUUGUGCUCUCUUUGAAUUUUCCACUGAAGAAGAGGUACUUAAGCUUGCCAACAGUACGCCCGUCGGCUUGGCUGGCUACUUGUUUUCCAAAGAUAUCUCUCGCAUCUUUCGUGUUGCCGAAGCCCUUGAGGUUGGUAUGGUUGGCUGCAACACAGGCGUUGUCUCUGAUGUACUUUCUCCUUUCGGAGGUGUCAAGGAAAGCGGGUACGGUCGUGAAGGUAGCCAUCAUGGCAUUUCUGAGUACUUGGACAUUAAAUCUUUGACUAUCUCUAUCGACUAAAGGGAUUAUCGUGGAUAGUUGGUUUUGGUAUUUGUGCCUUGUUUUUAUGAAAUUUAUCCUAUUUAGUUUCUUAUGAUGCGUGUUCACUGUUUAUUAAAAAAGAGUGUUUAAAUUAUCAAUAUUUUAAUAUCAUUAUGUUUUUUCCAAUA